CGUUGCUGACGAUCUCUUAUUAUUAUUUAUUUGUAAUUCGAUUCUCUGUUCUGUGACACCUUUUUUUCACUUCCUCUUCCUAUUUGUGAAAUGGCACAGUUCAGCCAAAUAAUGCAGAAUAAGCUGUAGAACGUCAAAAUACAAACAAGAGCAUAAAAACGCCUUACACAGUAUUAAUAUAUCCAUAGAGUUCUUUUGACUAAAGCCACUUGUACUAGUUCGCCAUUGCUUCGUACACUUUAGAUAUUGCCUAAAAUAUAUUCAGCUGAUUUUUCUGUGUCAACAAAAUAAUGAUAACGCAGCAGUUCAAUAUCUCGCCCAGACACGCUGAUUAAUCUAUACUUUGAAGUUCACAUCGCAAGUCUUGCUUAUAGUGUUCCUCAUACUGUGCCAUUUAUGAGUGAAUAUUCUCAUAUUUCCUACAAAAUUCUCAGAAAUAAUGAUGUGGUGAAGUUUAGUGCUCAGAGAUUAUGCAGAAGUGCCGAAAUGAAAGCAAUCAGCGUGAGAAUUUGGCUGCCAAUUGCAAUAAUUGCCUUGCUGGGACUCUAUAUUCUAGCGACAAAUCAGAAAGCGGAAGCAAAUAUUGUGGAAUAUGUGCCAAAUGUGCCUCAAGUUCUAACACAAAGUGCAGUUGAAGUGAUAUCAAAGGACAUUCCGCAGAACUCCACUCAUUUGAGUGACAAUGUCUUGGCGGAUUUGAAGGAAUUGCUGGGCUGUGAUAACAAGCAAUAUCUGUCGAGAACUUACCAGCGUGGAAACUAUUGGGUGCUGGAGAAUUACGUGAGAGCAACGCAUGGGAACAUCGAUUGCUACGAAUCAAUUACUUACACCACUCACGGUGACUUCACAUUCCUGGACAAUGCAAUUCCACUCGUCAAGAGGUGGCGAGCGCCCGUGGGCAUGUCUCUCUUCGCACCUGGAACUGAUUUUCAGCCCACAAUUGACUCCAUACGGUACCUCAGGGACUGCACUGGUGACGAUGGUGAGCUGCUGAAGAGGUUCAUGACUUUCCACAUCUUCUUCCACGUCGAUCACAUUCCCAUCUCCGUGCCGCGGGCGGAGGAUCUGCUGGCGGCGCCCUUCAAGUGUCCAGAAGUAGCGCCAUUUGAGAGUUUCAAGCACGAGGACAUGUUCAAGACUCUCAAGCAGCUCACCUAUCCCAUCAAUGUGGGCAGGAAUGUCGCCCGAGAUGCCGCCAUUACUCAUUUUGUCUUCCCCAGCGACAUCGAGCUGUAUCCCAGCCUCGAGGUGGUGCCCAAGUUCCUCGAAAUGAUCGCCCGGAAUGAGGGUCCAUUGCGCAACAAGAAGCCCAGAGUUUUCCCGCUGCCGGUCUUUGAAGUGAAAGCCACCGCUCGUGUUCCGGACAACAAAACCGAACUGCUGCAGAUGCUGAAGACGAAGGACGCCAUUCUGUUCCACGAAAAGAUCUGCUCCAAUUGUCACGCCGUACCGGAGAGGAGUCGCUGGGAGGCGACUGCCGAGGGCGCCAGGAUGGAAGUGUUUGUCGUGGGGAAGCGCGAAGGGAGCUUCCAGCACUGGGAGCCCAUCUUUAUUGGCACCAAUCGCGAGCCCUACUAUGAGGAGCGCCUCAAUUGGGAGGGCAAGAGGGACAAGAUGACGCAGGGCUAUCAGCUGUGCGUGAAAGACUACGAAUUUCAUGUCCUUAGCGAUGCUUUCCUGGUUCAUCGGCCGGGCAUAAAACUGAUGCAAGCGGCGCGGAGGGUGAAUCACGAGACUGUGACAAACAAUCUGAUAGAUAAGAAGAUCUCGCGCGAACUACAUAUCCUGUUCGGCACGAAGAAAGGCUGUGUCAUUUGAUGAAGCAAUAAAUCCACCCAAGUUUGCGUCUGAUGAAAAUAUUGUGACUGAAUAUAAAUUAGUGAAAACUUUUGGGUUGGCAAAACUUUGAAGAAUGUGUAGAGU